AUGGCCGUUGGAGAUAAAUAUCGCGAUCUAGAAAAAGACACCAAAGCAACCAAACUGUCCAGUUUGGAUGCAGAGAUCGAACAUAUUGAAUCUGCUGGCCCUGGAUCCCUUAAUAAAAACAAGGUAGUGCAAUUAAAAGCGCGCCGGCAUUUCCAACGCUUCUGGUGCUGCUAUCUAUUGGCCGCUAUCGUAUUUCUCGCCAUCUUUCUACCAAUCUUCUUCGUCUUUAUCGUCCCCGCCAUCGCGCAGAGAAUAGUCGACGACACCAGUCUUCCCGUCUACGCAGCAGGAAUCCUCGAUCCUACACCAGACACCAUCACCUUUUCGAUCAACACCUCUCUCAGUAUUCCCGCUGGUCUAUCGGUUCGAACUGAACCAUUCACCUUAUCGCUCUUCAAUCGAGACGUCCAUCCAAUUCAACCAUGGAUCGAUGUUGGACUACCGGAAUACAAUCUUAAAGGAAAAACCCCGAUGAGUAUUAUACAGAAGGACACCAAAAUCAUCAGUCAUGCGCAGUUUGUAGAAACAAUCACCAGGGCUGCUUACUCGAAGCAGUUUACCCUGUCAGCAAAGGGAUCUACAGUUGGGCAUCUUGGGGCUCUAAAGGCAGGGUUGACGCUUGAUAAAGAUAUCGAACUCGAUGGACUCGACAAAAUCAGUGGCUUGUCAAUCGACUCUGCACGUCUUGUUGCACCCGCAGAAGAGGAUGGGACGAAUCUUCGAGGCACCAUUACACUGCCCAAUCAUUCUGCUAUCACUUUAGCCCUGGGAAAUGUCACACUCAAUCUCAAAACAGCGGGUCUCAUCAUCGGCCAAGGCUUUCUCGAUAACGUCGUCUUAAAACCAGGCAACAACAGCAUGCCCUUACGAGCAACCCUCAGCAUCCAGACAGUGCUAGAAAAUAUAUUGGACAUAUUAUCCGCGCAAAAGUCCGCCCUCACUGACGGCGAACUGGAAAUAUGCGCAUCAGUAAACUCGACUGUGUACAACGGCAAGCACAUCACGUAUUACGAAGAGGUGUUGAACAGUCUGACUCUGACUGCUCGUGUGCCGAUAAUAAAGGUGUUGACGGACACGGUGCAGGGGCUAUCUCAGGAUUCUGGCUUUAAUCUUAGCAGUAUACUAGAUGAUAUUGGGAAUAGUUGA